AAAAUAAACCUAACUUUAAGAGGCUAAUUUUUAUUUAAAAAUUAAUAUAGCACAAUUUGAUGCAGCUGCAAAUGUGGUGCACUUUUUAGAUAAAAGAAUCUGGUUAGCGUUAGGGCCCGGAAUGAGUGACAAUGAAAAUAUAAAAUGUCCAGCUAGCAGCAGACUCACCGUGCUGCGAUCCCAUUUGUCUCCGGAUUCUUCGUCUUCCGCCAUGGCUUCUGAGAAAGAAGCCGCUCUUGCGGCUGCCCCCUCCGAUGCUCCGACCAUCUUUGACAAAAUCAUCAAGAAAGAGAUUCCAGCAAAUGUGGUUUAUGAGGAUGAUAAGGUGUUAGCCUUUAGGGACAUAGCUCCUCAAGCUCCCACACAUAUUCUAAUUAUUCCCAAAGUAAAAGAUGGCUUGACUGGUCUGUCAAAGGCUGAGGAAAGGCACUUUGAGAUUCUUGGCCGCCUUCUUUACACUGCUAAGCUGUUAGCCAAACAGGAAGGACUGGAAGAUGGCUUCAGGGUUGUGAUUAAUGAUGGUCCACAAGGAUGUCAAUCUGUUUAUCACAUUCACGUCCACCUCCUUGGUGGCCGCCAAAUGAACUGGCCUCCAGGCUAAGAUGGUGUAAAUGUUGAUUUGGGCAGGCAAGACUUUCAUUGUAAUGAUAGUCCAGUAGUAUUUGUUCUCUGCCCUGAUUGAUGAUUGUCUAAUCAUAUGUAAGCAAACUAGUUACUAGUUGCUUUCUAGUAAGAUGCUCUGGAUGUUCCAUGGCACUAUCUGGAGGGCUGCCCCUAUGCUGGGUAAAGCCAAUGACCCGUGUUAAGUAUGAAAAUAAUAUGCUGUGACUUAGCUAUGCCCUGUGUUCCUCAUUUU